GGGGGCGUGUCGGUGCGCGUAGCUCGGCGGCGGCGCGACAGGAACCAGCUGAAAGACCCAGGCUCCUCGGCGCCGCGGCGGCUGUGGAAGAGAUGGAGAUGCAAUCCUACUGCGCCAAGCUCCUGGGGGAGCUGAACGAGCAGCGCAAGAGGGACUUUUUCUGUGACUGCAGCAUCAUUGUGGAAGGGCGCAUCUUCAAGGCCCACCGGAACAUUUUGUUCGCCAACAGCGGCUACUUCCGGGCCCUGCUCAUCCACUACAUCCAGGACAGCGGGCGGCACAGCACCGCCUCGCUGGACAUUGUCACCUCCGAGGCCUUCUCCACCAUCCUCGACUUCCUCUACUCCGGCAAGCUGGACUUGUGCGGCGAGAACGUGAUCGAAGUGAUGUCGGCCGCCAGCUACCUGCAGAUGAACGACGUGGUGAACUUCUGCAAGACCUACAUCCGCUCGUCCCUGGACAUCUGCCGGAAGAUGGAGAAGGAGGCGGCGGUGGCCGCGGCCGUGGCGGCGGCGGCGGCGGCCGCGGCGGCGGCGGCCGCGCACCAGGUGGACGGCGGGAUCCCCAGCUCGGGCCGGGAAGGGGCGUCCUGCGAUGCCAAGAGCGUCCUCUCCUCGUCGGCCGAGGGCGACGAGGGCGCAGACUGCCCCCGGGAGCCCCCUUGUGGGGACUGCCGAGACUGCCACCCGCUGGCCCUGGUGGUCAAGGACAGCCAGGGCGGCGGCCCGGCCAACCCGGACCUGUCCACGCUGCCCAGCCAGGUUGCGCCCAAGGUGGAGCUGGACGCGGACGAGGUGGAGGUGGAGGUCGGGGAGCCGCUGCAGCAGUACGCGGCCCCGCUGAGCCUGGCGCACGUGGACGAGGGCUUGCCCAGUGGCCAGGCCGUGGACUUGGCGUACAGCAACUACCACGUGAAGCAGUUCCUGGAGGCCCUCCUGCGCAACAGCGCGGUGCAGAGCAAAGAGGACGCGGACCAUCACUUCUCCCGCAGUUUGGAGGGAAGACCAGACGGGGCGGGCGUGGCCAUGAGCUCCAUGAUGGACGUCCAGACCGACUGGUACGGAGAGGAUUCAGGUGACGUGCUGGUGGUGCCCAUUAAGCUCCACAAGUGUCCUUUCUGCCCUUACACUGCCAAGCAGAAGGGUAUCCUGAAGCGGCAUAUCCGCUCCCACACGGGCGAGCGUCCCUACCCCUGCGAGACUUGUGGCAAGAGGUUCACGCGCCAGGAGCACCUGCGGAGCCAUGCCCUGAGUGUCCACAGAUCCAGCCGUCCAAUCAUCUGCAAGGGCUGCCGACGCACCUUCACGAGUCAUGUGUCACAGGGGCUGAGGCGCUUCGGGCUGUGUGACAGCUGCACCUGCGUGACCGACCCCCACGAUGAUGAUGACGACUUGAUGAUGCCCAUCAACCUGAGCCUGGUGGAAGCUUCGUCUGAGAGCCAAGAGAAGAGCGACACUGACAAUGACUGGCCCAUCUAUGUGGAGUCUGGAGAGGAGAAUGAGGUGGCCGGUGACGAUUCCGAGGACAGACCGCAGCUGCAGCCCAACUUUUCAGAUCGAGAGACUCUUACGUAGCAGGGGAUCGCCGGAGUGGGUGAGGGGUAAGAAUUUAGAGGUGAUCACUCCUCAUUCUGGGGUCGAAAACCACCUUGGUCCAAUUUUGUGAAAUCCCAAGAGGAACACUUUUCCACUGUUAAUGUAUUUGCCUUUUGUUUGACUACAGUGUGUUCUCGCUGCAGUUCUUGGAGAAACUGUGACAUUAAGCAAAAGCAGGAAAUGAGGGAGAGCAGGUCCUCGGAGAACUGGUGAUUCCUCCAGCCCCAGCGGGGACAGUCGUCCUCAAGGUUAUAAUGAAUUGUCAUCGAUCCCCACAGAGUUAUCAGAGGAUCUGCUUCCAUGGUGGCAGCCGAGUUUCGUGACUCACAGGACUAAUGAUAGUUCAGUAGGGUCUCUGCAUCUCUGAGGCCUCUGCUGGCCCCUCCUUAGUUCUGAGUGAAUCAAGGCUGGUCCUGAGGCUUCUUGUUUUUCCUGCUGCGCGUCCAAAUUGUAGAUAAGAGAAAGAAGAAAAUCUCCAUUCCUUUUUCACAGUGUCUCAACCCUCUGCUUUCCUUCAUCAUCAUCAUUUUACUCUGAGAACGUGGACAAGCGUACAGGAAGUUUGGCGAGUCAACUUUCCUUUGCCAAGCCUCUCCCAUGAACUCCAUGUUUGAAUUUUCUGCUGAAAUUUUAAAGAGAAACUUUGUUGACAGAAGGCAGGCAGAACUGCCUGGCAAGAUGAUUGUAAAAAUUCCUUUCUAGCGGCUGGAGUGACAGUAUAGUGUGUGUAAGGCGCUUGUCUUGCAUGCGGCUGACCCGGGCUUGAUCCCCAGCACCAUAUUUUAUUCCCCAAGUAUGCCAGGAGUGGGCCUUGAGUGCACAGCCAGGAAUAAACCUGGAACAACCCUAUACAGGCCUAAAAGCAAAAGAAAAUUGCUUUUGAAAUCUAAGACCACGGUUUUACAGGCUGAUCAUGUUUGUAUACAGACAAGCAUGGGAUGAGCUGAACAGUUUCUUCUAGCACAUUCUUCACCUCAGUGAGUUCCAUUUGAAGGUGACCCGGGAAGGAAAUGGAGCCAAUGAGCACAGGUCUGGUGGUCAUCCUGUCUGCUUUGCUGUUGGACUAUUCCACGUACACUCAUAACCUGCCUUGUGAUCCUAAAGCAAAUCAUCUGGGUGAGAUCCAAAAUGGGCCCCUCUUUUUUUCAGCUAUUUUCAAAUAGCACAGCUGUGUUAUUAAAAAAUGGAGCCACUGCUGACAUUCUUUUAUUUAGUUUAUGAGGAGAACAUUAACAGGAGGGAAAAGGAUAAGAUGAGAUUGACAAAUCAUGUUUUAAAUUGAUUACCUUUAAAAGAUUCUCUGGAAGCCAGGGAGAAAGCUUAUGGGGCUAGUGCGUAUGCUUUGCAUGAAGGCCCAGAUUUGAUCCCCAGGACACAUAGUCUCACCAGCACCUUUGGGGCGACCCUGGUGCCCCAAGUCAGGAGUCGCCCCUACUCACUGUCAGACAUGGCCCAAAACACAAACAAAAAGAGCCUUUUCAGAAAAAAAAAAAAAAAGAAGAACUGGUUAGGGCCAGAGCUAUAGUACAGCAACUAGGGCAUUUGCCUUGCACGUGCCUGAACUGAGUUUGAUCCCCAGCAUCCCAUGUGGUCCCCAGAGCACUGCCAGGAGUAAGUCCUGAGCACCGCUGGGUGUGGCCCAAAAAACAAAAAAAUACCCUAAAAGCAAACCAAAAGGAUUGGUAGAACCAAUGUUAAAAACUGGUUAGUUUUUUACCUACUCUGUCACCAGACAGUUAUUCUAAUAAAAGACACUGCACAUCUUUAAAGAACUAAGAGGCAGGAUAUGUGAGUGUUAAGGAUAUUCAGAGAUGUUUAAAAUUCUUUCAGGGCUGGGAGGUGGCUCAGAGGGCUGGCGCGUGAUUUGCGUGCAGGAGCCCGGCCCU